AAACUGAUUUCAAAGUCGCUAAAUUACCAUCAUUGAGUAUCAGCAACAACAAACACUCUUGAAGUACAACAAAAACGAUAACCAAAAUUGCCAAUACAUACAACAGGCAGGAAAGGGUAUUUAACGCAUGGUGUGAAUCAUUUGCUGUAUAAAUAAUUAAACUCAGACAACAAUUUGGGUUGCACUACUCCAUUAAGUACAACACAGACUGAUUAAUUAAGAUGAAUCAACUGCAACCGCAGCUGCCGAAAGGUUUUACGUUGCUCGAGAAUCAGGUGGCCGGUCAUACUUUCUCACCCGACACUCAAGCCUUGGGUAUGCUGAAGGAUGAAUCAGUGGGAUGUGUAUUAAAGCCGAUGGGUAAACCACAGUGCGGUGAGAGGGAAUUGAGUUUUUACGAAAGUAUAACAAAUGCCAGUGACCCCGUAUUGGUGAAAGCUCGUGAUUUGGUGCCAAAGUUUUACAACAAACUGAAAGUGCAAGUGAAUUUCAAAGAGCAUACAUUUCUAAAAAUGGAAGAUCUCUCGCAUGGCAUGAGGAAACCUUGCAUAAUGGAUAUUAAGGUAGGCAAACGAACCUGGGAUCCAUUGGCAUCGCCACAAAAACGUCAAGUAGAAGAGCAAAAAUACUUGCACAGCAAACAAGUGUUGGGUUUAUGUUUGCCCGGAUUCCAAGUGUACAAAAAUGGUGUCUUACAAAAGUAUGGCAAAGAUUAUGGCAAACAAUUGGAUACGGCAGGCCUGCGAGACACAAUUCGCAAGUUCUUAAAUGCCGAACACAAAGUCUGCCGGCCAUUGGUGCAAGAAGUAUUAAAGCAACUUUACCGUAUACGGGAAUGGUUUAAACAUCAGACUGUCCUGCACUUCUACGCAAGUUCCUUAUUGAUUAUUUACGACUGCGAGGCCUUAGAUUUAGUACAACAAGCACAACAAAAUGGCACUUUGCUGACAAAUGGUGACGCUGAUGCACAACUUAAAUGUUCCAAUCAUAUAAACUCUAACCCACCAAAUGACGAGAAAUGCCUUGAACAUAUUACACACAAUUAUACUCAAGCCACAAUUUUGGAAGAUUUCGUAAAAGUACGAAUGAUUGAUUUUGCUCACGUGUUUCCCGCCGAAGAUGGGCAACUGGAUAGUAAUUACUUAUUUGGUUUGGAGAACCUCAUACAGAUACUUGAAGAAUUUAAUGUUUAAAGUAGUUUGUAAAUAUGUUAUCCUAAUUGGCUUUGUGGCCUUUAAGCUCCCACUUGUUAAACAAAUCAACCAAUCAAUCAACAUUGUUAGAAUUGAAUUCAUUUGAUUUGAUUGUCGUUGUACCAUUCCUUUUCAUCCAGCUCAUUACUUCAUUAUUACCAUUAAUUAGUAUUGUAGUCUUACUUAUAUGUACAUGUAUGUAUGGUAUUUAUUAUGUAAUUAGUUUGUAAAAGUUUUAUUAUUAUUAUUAAUUAUUAAACGAUAAUAACAAAGCGAGUAUGAUGAUAAACAUGUAUGUAUGUAGAUUUAAAACACGAUUGCAUAUUUAUUUUUUUUAAUUGUUGAUCAGCCGCCAUACCACAACCUCAAGUGGUUCGUUCAACCCUUUAAAAAAAUAUGAUGUCCAAUGUAACAAAAAUAAAACAAAUAAAAUUUAAUUGUGAAUAAU